CCACUUCCGCUCCUGCGCACUGGAGUUCAAGGGAGGCCGGUGCUACCUGAAGGAAAUGGCUACUUCCCGCUUACCCCCGGCGACACUAACGUUAAAGCAGUUCAUGAGAAGGCAGCAAGUUCUCCUUCUCUACAGAAGGAUUUUGCAAGCAAUUCGGGAAGUUCCAAAUGACUCUGACCGCAAAUACCUGAAGGACUGGACAAGGGAAGAAUUCAAAAGAAAUAAAAGUGCCACUGAAGAGGACACAAUCCGGAUGAUGAUUACUCAAGGCAAUAUGCAGCUCAAAGAGUUAGAAAAAAACCUUGCUUUGGCAAAAUCUUAACUGUAGCGUUAUUCUGAAAGACUGAAUUUCAGAGUUUCCAUGUAUAUCGUUGAGCUGACUAGACUCAAUGAUGGGCAGCCCAAAAGCAAGUCAAACUGUUCAGUACCUGGGAGAAUAUCAGAACACGGAGCAUGGCACAUCAGAGCAAACAAAAGCACAUCAGAACAAUCGCCUUAACAUUGAAAAACAUACCCUUGAACAUGUUUUUGCAAAUGUUUUUGUAUAUGUCAUCAAUUCAAGUAGCAAAAACCAGUACAAGUGGUCAGCACUUAAAAUCCUCAACAUCAUUAACCCUCUGGGAAAUGCAAAUUAAAAACCACACUGAAACAGUAACGACCUCCACUGGAAUAACUAUAACUAAAACAGUUAGUAGCAAAUAUUGAUAAAGAUGUAGGGAAAUUGGACCCCUCAUACGUGCUGUGGGAAUAUCAAAUGGCACAGCCACUCUGGAAAACAGACUGUCAGUUGCUUCAAAGAUUAAGUUACCACACAAGUCAGCAGUUUCUUCCUAGGUUUAUAACCAAGAGAACUGAAAAUAUUUCUAUAAAAAACUUGUAUGGGAAUAUUCAUGGCAGCAUUAUUCAUAAUAGCCAAGAAGUAGAAGCAAUCCAGAGGCCCAUCUGAGAAAUGAUUAAAUACGAUGUCUGUAGAAAAUUAUUUAGCAAUAAAAAGGAAUGAAGUACUGAUAACAUGUCUGCUGCACAUGGAUGAACCUGAGACCAGUCACAAGUGAUCACACGUUGUACGAUUCCAUUUAUAUGAAGUAUCUAAAAUAGGAAGAAAGAGUUGGUUGCCCUAGGCUGUGUGGAUAGCAUGGCAAUGAAUAUGGGGUUUCUUUUCUGAGUGAUGAAAACAUUCUAAAGUUACAGUGGGGCUCCUGGUUGUAUAACUCUGAUUAUACUAAAGUCCAUUGAAUCGUAUAUUUUGCAUGUAUGAUAUAUGAAUUAUACUUCAGUAAAGGUUUUACGGAUUUUUUGGCUGAUGUAGAAUUGA